AUGUGCAUGACCUCAUUACGUUAUGAUGGUGCUCAUCAUCCCUUUGACGAUAAUGGUUCUCCUGCCAAUCGCGUUUACCUGCCAAAAUCAACGGAAUACGGGGCAAAACAGUUCCUGCGAAAUUGGUCCAAAGCACUCAUUGACCGAAUUCCCCCCGUUUCCAUGGCCGCGCCAAGAAACAAACCUGCAUUGGCAACCCCGACGCAAUAUCGCAGGCCAAUCGGCCCGAAGACAAAUCCAUCAAUCCCGGCGAAAAAGGUCGGCCACACACGCGACCGACCCCGAAUCCCCGACACCCCAUGUCGCCUCGUCCAAGUCGUCUCGUGUCAUAACGGCAGGAGCCAUUACUUCUCGUCUCAUCUCGUGACUUCAUCUCGUGACCUCAUCUGCGAUGGCCACCAUCAAGACGGCCUUCGUCCUCGCAUCCUUUCUUCUCUCUCCUUGGCUUCGAAAUCGUUCUCGUCGAUUUCAAUCGCUUUCACGGAUGUCAUCUGCCUCCUCCAAACUCAAUUUGGAAUGCUUGGCUGGUUCAUCGCCUCGACUGCCAUGGCUGGAGAGAAUCUGAAGGCGGCUGCAGUCAGCCAGAUUCUGCAGGCUCGGCGCGAUCGCUCUUCCCUCCCGAAGUCUGCCAAAGUGCAUUCUUUCGUCAGCGUUUCGAUCGAGUUUCGGGUGAAAAACCCUCUCUUCCUCCACCUGCAGGUGGCUGAGGGCCAACUCUUCCCGAGGCUGGACUAUCUCGUCUGCCAGAGAGCAACCACGUUCUCAACCUGCCAGACCUGCGUCGUGGCGCUGGGCAGGGUGAACUUCAUCUUCUCCCCUCAGACAUCCCAGAAGACCUUCCUCACGGGUCUGGGGACCUGCAUCACCAACAACGUGGCGAACAACGCCGGCCUGGACUCGACCUCCCAAACCCGUUACACCGCCUGUGCCUCUACUUUCAACGACGGAGCCGGACGAAGGCAGACGGCGAGGCCUGAGGCUACAUCCGACCUGAAGAACCAGCUCUUUCGACUGGAGCUGAACCACGUGGAGGGGAUGCUCAUGCGCAUUCACCCUGGUAAGGGGAUGGCGGACGUAGGGAGGAUCAGGGAUGGCGGACGUAGGGGGAUCAGGGGAUGGAGGACGAAGGGCGGAUCAGGGGAUGGAGGACGUAGGGCGGAUCAGGGGAUGGAGGACGAAGGGAGGAUCUGCCUCCGUCACCCGCGGCUGCUACGUUUCGAACGUUCUAUCCUGAAAAAUGUGCUGACAAGCGUCAUUCUUGGCUCUCUCCGUUCGGGAGAGUCUCUUCGAUAA